AUGUCUUUAUUAAAUUGGUUAAACAAAACAAACGUAAACCCAAUCGACGAAUCAUUGAUUUCUACUCAAGCAAUAAUGAAAGCAUCAUCUAAUAAAGCUGAGACAGUGAGUACAGAAUUAAAUAGUAAUGAUAAUAAUAUUAACGAUUAUCCAAGUGUCUGGACAAAUGAAAUGUUCUUAACAUUUUAUAAUAAAUAUCCCUGGAUAGUGGUAAAAGACCAAAAAUUGGGCUGUAGUAUAUGCGUACAGGUUCAAAACCUUGCCACAUAUAAAACACAAGGGAUUAGAUUUGCUAUUGAAUGGACAGAGUGUAGUAUACAUACUUAUGGAGCUAGUGAUAAAGAUAAAAGACAAUCCUUAAGAAAAAAAAUCCAUAAGCAUAAAAUUAGUGAAUGUCAUAAAAGACGUGAACAAAUUUUAAAAGCACAAGAAGAAAAUAUUUUACCAAAAGCUGUGUCAAGGGGGAUUUCUGGUAAAUUUGAGAGUACAAUAAGAGUAUUUAAUACUGUAUAUAGUAUUGUUAAAAAAACAAGACCAUUUACUGAUUUACCAUUUGAUAUUCAACUUCAAAAGUUAAAUGGAUUGGAUAUGGGUCGCAUUUUACACAGCGAUCAUGCUUGUGCUGAUAUUGCUAGCCAUAUAGCAAUAGAAAUGAAAGCAAAAGUUACAAAUUUUAUUGUCAAAAAUAAUUUUAAAAUUGCAGUAUUAAUUGAUGAAGCUACCUCAGUGUCGAAAAAGACUUGUCUGGUUGUUUGUAUUAGAGCUUCCACAGAUGUCAAAAAUGAAACAGACCCAAUAACAUUUUUUUUAGAUUUAUUAGAAUUAGAAAAUACAAAAUCUGAGACCAUAGUUGUGCAACUUUUGUCAUGUCUAAACAAACACAAAUUUUCUCAUGAAUUCUUAAUGCAACAUUUUAUUUGCUUUGCUUGUGACGGAGCUUCUAAUAUGAUUGGAAGAAAAUCUGGUGUGGGAAAACUUUUAACUGACAAAUAUCCAGAUUUAUUGGUCUGGCAUUGCUCUAAUCAUAGACUUGAACUUGCUGUUGAUGAUGUAGUUAACGAGGUAGCUGGCAUAAAUCAUUUCAAAAUAUUUUUUGAUACUCUUUAUGCAUUAUAUAGUUCAUCACCAAAAAACCAGUAUGGUUUAAAGAGCUGUGCUAAAGAAUUAGAUUUACAAUUUCUAUCAAUUGGUCGGAUUUUAAAUACAAGAUGGGUAGCUUCAAGUUUGAGGUCAGUUAAAGCUGUUUGGAGAAACUAUGAAGCACUUUAUUUACAUUUUGACAAAUGUAGUUUGGAUAGCUCGAGAACAUCUAAAGAAAAAGCAACUUUUAAAGGUUUAAAACAGAAAAUAACAUCAACUGAUUUUGUUUUAAAUUUAGGUCUUCUAUAUGAUGCUCUAACAGAACUAUCAGACCUUUCAUUAGAACUUCAAAAACGGUGUACAAAACUACCUGAUGCUCAUAACUUAAUAAGAAGACAAAUUAUGAUUUUUGAAUCCAUGUCUGGGAACUUGGCUGAUAAUUUAAAAUCCAGAAUGUUAAACUUUACAUCAUCACAUGUAUCUUCAACAUCUGAUACAUCAAAUAAGUAUGCUGAGUUUAUUCAACUGCUAGAAGUUUUAAACCCACAAAAAUGGCCUUUAGAAUUGGAUAUAUUAUAUGGAGAGAGAGCAAUUAAGCAGCUUUCAAACAUAUUUAAAAUAAAUGAAAGAGAUUCAGUCCGAGGUUUUCGUGAGUACAUAGAUAAUAAAUCUGUUGUACCAAAUAACCUUAAGCCUUUAACUCAAGCUGUAAAUACAUUGGUAGUUUCUACUGCAGAAUGUGAGAGGCUCUUUAGUGCCAUGAACAUUGUUCAUAAUGAUAUUCGAAAUACAUUAGAAGUUUCACGUGUAUCUGAUCUUUUGUGGAUUAAAUGUGUUGGUCCACCUUUGUGUGAAUUUAAUGCAAAUACAUAUGUAGAGUCUUGGAUUUCUAAAGGUAGAUGA